AUGAGCUCCGAGGCGGCGGGGAUGGGCUCCGAGGCCCCGGGGAUGGGCUCCGGAGCGGCGGGGAUGGGCUCCGAGGCGGCGGGGAUGGGCUCCGAGGCCCCGGGGAUGGGCUCCGUGGCGGCGCGGCUGCUGGAGGCCGUGGACUUUGCAGCCAGGAAACACAAGGAGCAGCGGCGGAUGGAUCCCGAGGGCACCCCCUACAUCAACCACCCCAUCGCCGUCGCCAGGAUCCUGGCGCAUGAGGCCGGCGUGACGGACGUGGUGGUGCUGCAGGUAACGCCCUGCCCGGCCCUGCCCGGCCCGGCCCGAGCCCCUGCUGCCCCCCGCGUCCCCUCCUCGCCGCAGGCCGCCCUCCUGCACGACACGGUGGAGGACACGGACGCCACGUUGGCGGAGAUCGAGGAGCGGUUCGGUGCGGAGGUGCGGCGCGUGGUGCACGAGGUGACGGACGACAAGAGCCUGCCCAAGAUGGAGCGCAAGCGGCUGCAGAUCGAGCGCGCUCCCGGCUGCAGCCGCCGCGCCAAGCUGGUCAAGCUGGCGGACAAGCUGCACAACCUGCGGGACCUGAACCGCUGCACCCCGCAAGGCUGGUCGGAGGAGCGCGUGCAGGAGUACUUCCGGUGGGCGGCGCGCGUGGUGUCCGGGCUGCGCGGGACCAGCGCGGCCCUGGAGGGGGCGCUGCAGCGCCUGUUCGAGGAGCGAGGCGUGCCCACGUGACCGGGGGCCGCGCCCGCCUCCGCCAAUAAACGUGCGCAGAGCUCGG